GCAUAUUCAUAUGGAUCUAUCAGUUUUUUAAGGAUCUGCAGACGCACCUUUGUCACAAACCUUGAUACAGCAACUCUACAACGUCGAAUAUCAAGAAACGAGGUAGAGCACUAGGCUCACUCGUCCUAUUAAUAUGUCCGGGAACUUCUCCUUUUCCUUUUCUGGUGACGACAUAGAAGACAAAGGCGAGUUAAAUCCCGCGGCCCCCAACGUCAGCGCAUCUGUGCAGCCGCGACCGACCGCCAGUGCGUUUCCCGUGGCGAGUAAACCUUUGCUUCCUGCAGCUUCUCAUGACCUACAUCACAUGCUGUCUCAGCUACCGUCAAAGGUCGCUUACAGCAUAUUGGAUAUAGAUCUCGAUGGCAAUGGGAGCAUCCAAUUACCCCGACGAGAGUUAUGGGAUGUCCGAGUCCAGCUUAUGGCCGAGGAUGAAGGAGGUGACACCGAGCCUGGCUUGGGCAAUCAUGAUGUAAAAACCGGUGUAUACGAAGGCGGAUUUAAGUCCUGGGAGAGUAGUGUGGAUCUUGUGAAGGUCCUUUCACCCUCGAAGGACUUCCUCGCUGAUGAGAGUGUAUUCCCGACACUUAUCGAGCUCGGCUGUGGCACGGCCCUCCCAUCGUUAGCCCUCUUUCAGUGGAGCCUCAGUCUUCAGGCACCCCAAAGGAAUUCCGCUCUCUCUAUAGUUUUGGCCGACUAUAAUCCAACGGUUCUGCAACUCGUAACACUGCCCAACUUUAUCCUGUGUUGGGCUCUUCACCAACGAGGGGAGCUGCCGCUAUUGGAGAAUGCAUUCUCUUUAGAGGGGGAACUGGACCUAACACCAGAUGUCAUCGGGGCCUUUGAAGAGUUCUUGUCGGCUCGAAAUAUCUCUAUUUCUUUCUUCUCCGGCGGUUGGUCAACCGAGUUCAUCAACCUUGUGAGUUCUAAGGAGACUCUCAAAACAAGAAACGAUGCCAAACGACGCACUAUCAUUAUUGGUGCAGAGACCAUAUAUUCUCCCUUUGCGCUGAGCUCUUUCACGCAAACCGUAUUCUCCUUUCUAAAACAGGAAAAAGACCAAGGAAACGCUGCAGAAGCUCUAGUCGGUGCCAAGAAGCUUUACUUCGGUGUGGGUGGCUCAUUAGAUGACUUCGUCGCCAAGGCCCGAGAAUUAGGUGCAGAUGUAGAAGAGCUUCGAGAGGAGACAGAGGGUGUUCGACGUGGCGUUGUUCGUUGUAGCCUUCCUUAAAAUAUCCACAUAUCCAUAAGGUGAGAUCGGAGGUCCACGUAAAUCCAAGUUGUCGACAUUUCUUAUGACAACAAAAGACCCAUAGAUCAUUCAUUCUCUCACCCAGAUUACCUUUAGCUGAAGCUCUUGAGCACAUUCCACAUUCCACGGCAGCUAUGAAUUUGCUUUACCUACUAUUAAUGAGUGGAUGAAUGAUAAGGCUAGCGCUUGAAAACAAUUACAUAGCCAUGCC